GCCGCUCACCCCGUUGCCCCCCAAAUCCCAUUCCUGCUGGACACACUGCACCGCAGCGAGGUGGGGUGGAGCUGAGACCUCAGCCCAGUGCUCCCUUUUCCCCGGCGGGUGGAGAGAGCGUUUUAGUUAAAAACCAAGGAGUGUAAUCACUAAAUUCUCAGAAGGCCUUCCUGAUACCAAACUCUUUAGAGUUCAGCUGUGCAUGGGCUGUGUCGGCCUGCUCAGGGGCCCAAGGGAGAUUUUUGGCGGUGAGGUGUUUAACAACUCAAAUCAGAGGCCGAAACUAAAAAGACAGCCAAUAUUUUGGCUCUGGCCCCCUGAGGUCAAUGAGGACCCAAGAAAUAAAGGACCCUUUUCUGUGACAUCCUACAAGUUUGUAAUCAAUCUUACGAAGGACUGGGAUGAACUUCCUCCUCUAGUGCCUGCUUCUGAUUCCGGUUCCUCCCCUGCAGCCAGAAGCCAGUCACUUUCACUAGGACACGGGACAUCUUUCUGCUCCCUCACAAGCGCCUCUGCACCAACCAUGGCCACCUUCCUGGAGCUCAGCACCAAAGCCAAGAUGCCCAUUGUGGGCCUGGGUACUUGGAAGUCUCCCCCAGGCAAAGUCAAAGAAGCCGUGAAAGCAGCCAUCCAUGCAGGAUAUCGCCACAUCGACUGCGCCUACACCUAUCAGAACGAGAAUGAGGUGGGAGAAGCCAUCCAAGAGAUGAUUCAGGAGAAGCUUGUGAGGCGGGAGGACCUCUUCAUUGUUAGCAAGUUGUGGUCCACGUUCUUUGAGAGAAGCCUGGUGAAGGAGGCCUGCCGGAAGACCCUGAAGGACCUGAAAAUGGACUACCUGGACGUCUACCUCAUUCACUUUCCACAGGGACUUCAGGCCGGGAAGGAACUGAUCCCCAGAGACGAUAAAGGCAAUAUCCUCUCCAGUAAAGUAACAUUCCUGGAUGCAUGGGAGGUCAUGGAAGAGCUGGUCGAUGAGGGAUUGGUAAAAGCCCUUGGUGUCUCCAACUUCAACCACUUCCAGAUUGAAAGGCUCUUGAACAAGCCUGGUCUGAAAUAUAAACCAGUGACUAACCAGGUGGAGUGUCACCCAUACCUCACCCAGGAGAAGCUGAUCCAGUACUGCCACUCCAAGGGCAUCACUGUCACCGCCUACAGCCCCCUGGGCUCUCCAGAUAGACCUUGGGCCAAGCCAGAUGACCCUUCAUUACUGGAGGAUGCCAAGAUUAAGGAGAUUGCUGCAAAGCACAAAAAAACCACAGCCCAGGUGCUGAUCCGGUUCCACAUCCAGAGGAAUGUGGCAGUGAUCCCCAAGUCUGUGACACCAGCUCGCAUCACUGAGAACUUUCAGGUCUUUGACUUCAAAUUGAGUGAUGAGGAGAUGGCAACCAUCCUCAGCUUCAACAGAAACUGGAGGUCCUGUAUUAUACCUGGCAUGGCGCGUUUGGAGGAGUACCCUUUCGAUGCUGAAUACUGAAGCUGAAUGACGUGGUUAGAUGACCGGAAGGAUACUGUCUCCUCACUGUGUGGAACUCACUCCCCGUGAGACCUGUUUCAGCCAAGCUUUGCGGAACCCGUGUUGUACCUGAGCUCACUGCAGGCAGACUGUAGGCAGUGCUGUUCUGAGAGAGCCUGUGACCCAUCAGGAGCAGACAUCACGGCAAAGCGUGACUCGUGACAAUGUUUUCACUUACUCGAUCUGUGCAGAUGUUUGUUAAAUGCUAAGCACUCUUCUAACAUUGAGGAUACAAUGAUAAAACUAAUAAAAAUACUAAUAGUAACCAA